AUGUUUAUGCUCCGCAACGUGAGCAAAUUCUUGUUCGGUGACGCUUCGAAAGAAUCCAUCAUCGAAAUCCCCCAAGGCGAGCUGUAUCUGGUCAGACCGCAGUCGCCCAAGGGUUACUCAGAGCUUAUUUUCAAGGACGCUGCUGCGACUAUUCGACGCACCGGCCAGGACUUUCAGUACCAGCUUGUGAUCCAAAGAGCUUACGAAGAAGGCGAGGAAGAACUUGGAGACGACGACGGUGAACAAGGCAAUGGUGAUAGCCUAGACAAAGACGAAAAGGUCUUCCUCCUAGAUCAAACCCUUCACUUCCGUUCUGAGCUUCGCGACGGAGGAGCCAAGAUCUUAGCUUGGGAUGAUUUGAGCGGUGACCCUGGUGACUUAUAUGAAUUCAUUUGCGACCCUUCGGUCCCUUCAGACAAAGUCGCCACUUUCGAACUUGCCGCCCUCCAGUGUCAGUACGAACGCAAGCACCGCCGGAGUGCCCAGAAAGCUACCGAGGCAGAAUUGGAAGAAUUCUCCUACAACCAAGAAAAGCCCAUCCCAUCUGCAAGCCCACUCUCAUCCCCAACUACCAAACCACGUGGGAAUUCCGUGUCUGCAGAAGAAUCCGCCGCUGCCAUGGCACGAGACGUGGAAUAUGCCCAACACAAAGGGCAAAUCCGGACUGGGACCGCUGAGGAUGCACCAACCCAGGCCCCCCCAUCUGCAGCCCACCCCGAGGCCAAGGAGGUCCUCGCGAAGGAGCGUGCAGAGUUGCACCUCUUUGACUUCACUACUGGAACCUUUGUGCAGCAGGAUUCUGAUGUCAUUGCAACUGUGUCAGAAGUUGGCACUUGGCAGUAUUGGCUCCAGAUUUCUGGGGAGGAUAAGGAGUGGUUAGGACAGGCUGUGGUGGCUGAUAUCAACCCAGUUUUCAAUUUUGAAUACCUGUCCUUCAUCUUUAACGCUUAUGGAGAAGAUGGGACGGCCUACUCAUGGCUUCUGCGCUUCAGGGAUCAACCCACGGAAGAACGAUUCCAGGAGGGUCUGAUGCAGGCGCUUUGGGAACAACUGAAUGAAAUGAAGUGGACCAAGGUCAAAGAGAAUGAGCGAGACUACGUGCUCGAUGCCUUCCAGGAUCUCACAAUGGAAGAUGCCGAUGAUCAGCCAGAGGAAGAAGCUGAAGAGGAAGAUGUCGAAGAGGAAUACGACGGCGACCAGGAUGACGCACAGCGGAGUGAACACUAUGAUAGCGACGAAGAGGAGGAAGAUGUCGUGACUCGUGAUGCUGAUGGAAACGUCAACUCCCAACUCGCAGUUGGCUAUAAGCACGAUCGAUCCUUCGUUGUUCGCGGCUCCAAGAUUGGUGUUUUCAAGCAUACUGCUAACAACAAUCUGGAGUUCUCCACAACUAUUUCAAAGGUUCAGACUCCCAAGGGCACCCUCUUUAGUCCCAAGAAGGUUAUGCUCCAUGCGGAGGACCAGAACAUGAUUCUUCAAAAUGGCGAUGAUCCCAACUCUUUGUUCAAGAUGGAUCUGGAGUACGGCAAGAUUGUCGAUGAGUGGAAGGUUCAUGACGAUAUUGGCGUGGAGACAUUUGCUCCUGAAAACAAAUUCGCCCAAAUGACCUCUGCACAGCCGUUCGUGGGUGUAUCCAAGAAUGCCCUCUACCGCAUCGAUCCUCGUCUUUCGGGUAACAAGCUCGUCGAUUCCGAUCUGAAGCAGUAUGCCAGCAAAAAUGACUUUUCCGCUGUGGCCACCACUGAGAAGGGUUAUAUCGCUGUCGCCUCAAACAAGGGUGACAUCCGCAUGUUCGACCGUCUGGGCAUCAAUGCCAAGACCCAUAUUCCUGCCCUAGGUGAACAGAUCAUCGGUCUUGAUGUGUCUGCUGAUGGACGCUGGGUAUUGGCAACCUGCCGUACCUAUUUGCUGCUUAUCGACUCCCUGCAGAAGGAGGGCAAGAAUGAAGGAAAGCUUGGGUUCGAGCGUGCUUUCGCGAAGGAUUCGAAGCCUCAACCUCGCCGCCUUGGUCUCCAGCCCGCCCACGUCGCACAGUUCCAGCACGAGACCAAGCAGCCUAUCUCAUUCACCCAAGCUCGAUUCAACACCGGUGUUGACUCAACCGAGACUAGCAUCGUCACCGCCACCGGGCCCUUCAUCAUCACCUGGAGCAUGAAGAAGGUUAUCGCGAACCGCAGAGAUCCUUACACCAUCAAGCGUUAUGGUGAGAACGUCAUGGCUGACAACUUCCGCUUUGGGUCCGAUAAGAAUGUCAUUGUUGCCUUGCCCAACGAGGUCAACAUGGUUGCCAAGCGUACCUUCCAGAAGCCCACCCGUGAAAGCAUCGCGGGCCCCGCUACGCCAAACCGUGCUAGAAGCGGAUGGAGCAGCCGUCUUGCCAGGGAUGAUGUUGUCAACUCGCCUUACUAG